UAAUGCAUGCAUUAAGCUUAAAGCUGUAGUGCUGUUCAGUCUUCUUUCGUUUGUGAUUAUCUUCUCCUUCUGUUUUGUUAAAUUCCUAAAAAAAAGAUAUUCCAAAAGACACAAGGGCUUGUCCAGUUUUGAACAACGAAAUGUCUGUACUAUCAAAAUAUGUUGAUCGGAUUUCCGAAACAUGUGAACACAAUGGAGUAACAAAAAAAGCGUUUAGCUAUGCUUUAGUUACCAGCGCUUUAGUUGCUCUUACAAUUAAAGUCACUAUUCCUUUCGUAAAAAAUACGCAAUCAAAAAUAUUAAAAAAGGGAAAAGGAAAUUAUAACGUUAAGACUCUAACGCCGUUGGAAAUCAAUAGUUCUGAUGAAGAUUUGAAGCUUGCAGAGGCGGAAAAAUUACUAGUUGCUCAACAGCUAAAAAAAAAAAAAAAUUCCAUCGAGCCUGGGUUAAACCAUGAUUUUUUUAAGCAACUUGGUGUCUUGGGAAAAAUAAUGAUUCCCCAGACAUUGUGCUAUGAAACUGGAUUACUUAGCGUACACACCAUUUGCUUGAUUUCUCGGACAUUUCUAAGUAUCUAUGUGGCGGCGUUGGAGGGAGCUCUUGUAAAAUUUAUAGUCCGAAAGGAUGUUAAACAAUUUUUAUAUGUCUUACUUAAAUGGUUUGGAAUUGCCAUCCCAGCUACAUUUGUAAACUCAAUGAUACGAUUUUUGGAAUGUAAAUUGGCUCUUGCCUUUAGAACCAGACUUGUGCGGCAUUCUUAUCGGCUAUAUUUUAAGAAUCAAAACUACUAUAGAGUUUCGAAUUUAGAUAGCCGCAUUGAAAACGCAGAUCAUAGGCUUACUGAAGAUGUUUCCGUCUUUGCUAGUUCUGUUGCUCACUUGUAUAGUAGUUUAACGAAGCCUUGUUUUGACCUAAUGCUGAUAGGAUUAGCCUUAAUGCGCUCGUCUAGAAAAAUGAAGGCUAACAUUUUGACAGGACCAGCUUUGUCAGUUAGUGUAAUUUUACUAACAGCCCACAUUUUGCGACAUGUCUCCCCGAAAUUCGGACAGUUGGUAUCUGAAGAGGCUAAUCGUUAUGGUUACUUACGGCAUAUUCACUCCCGUAUAAUAACAAAUGCUGAGGAAAUUGCUUUUUAUGGAGGACAUAAGGUGGAGAUGCAGCAACUACGACAUGCAUAUAACCGGCUAAUAAAUCAAAUGAAUAAUAUUUAUAGUCAAAGACUUUGGUUUAUAAUGCUUGAACAAUUUUUUAUGAAAUACGUUUGGUCUGGUACUGGAAUGGUUAUGGUGUCGCUUCCAAUCUUGACAGGAAGUGAUAGUAGAACUUCGACAGGUCAUAUCAACAAAGAAUCAAAUGUUAGUGAACGCACUCAAUAUUUAACAACAGCUAGAAAUUUACUUAUUUCUGCGGCGGAUGCAAUUGAGAGGUUGAUGUCCUCCUAUAAAGAGAUAGUGGCUCUUGCUGGUUACACUUCCCGGGUUGCUGGAAUGAUGGAUGUAUUUGAGGAAACCGCUCAAGGAGUUUAUUGCAAGGCUACUGUUGUAAACAAUGAUGAUAAGAAUGCAAUUAUUGAGUUCCGUAAUGGAAAACCAAUUGCAAAGGGUCGCAUAGUUUAUACAAAUGAUCCAAAUAAUAUGGCGAUUACCCUAAGAGAGGUCCCAGUAGUGACGCCUAACUGUGAUAUAGUUGUACCCAACUUAACAUUAUGUAUACAGCCUGGUGUACAUUUAUUAAUAACUGGCCCAAAUGGAUGCGGAAAGUCAAGUUUGUUCCGGAUAUUAAGUGGACUUUGGCCAAUAUAUGCUGGCGAAUUACAAAUUCCUCGGCCAGUGGAAGACGUGCCAUGCAUGUUUUAUAUUCCACAACGACCAUAUAUGUCAAUCGGAAGUUUAUGCGACCAAAUAAUAUACCCUGAUACACGGGAUGAUAUGAAGCGCAAGAAAAUAACUGAUAAAGAAUUAAACAAUAUUUUAAAAAUGGUUAGCCUUGAACACAUUGUCCAACGUGAUGGAUUUGACGUUGUCCGCGAUUGGAAGGAUAUAUUAUCCGGAGGAGAAAAACAACGAAUGGCUAUUGCUCGCCUUUUCUAUCAUAAGCCACAGUAUGCCCUUCUUGAUGAAUGCACAAGUGCAGUAUCAAUUGACGUUGAGAGUUCAAUUUAUAAAAUUGCCAAAGAUAUGGGAAUUACUCUAUUAACAAUUACGCAUAGACCGACGUUAUGGAAAUACCAUACUCAUAUUCUCGAAUUUGAUGGUUUAGGAAACUGGAGUUUUAGACAAAUGGAUGAGAACGAGCAACAAAACCAUAAGUUCCUUCAAUAAAUCACUGAAUGCUUAUAAUAAAUAUAUUGGGUGUGUUGCAAAAUUAAAGAUUUCUUUAAAUAAAAUAUGCGGGUAAUUUUACCUGCAAAUGUAA